UUAUGUGAAUUUAUGUGUAAUAUCUAUGUAUCAGCGUAAAACGGCUGUUACAACAAACUAAAUCAGUCAAGUGACUGAAUAAACUUGAUUAGUAAACUCAUAUAACUAUGACUACCUAUAGUUAUUGGCAUUUUAUGAUCUCCUUUUAACAGUUUUGUGUUUUGACUAAAACAAACUGUAAACAUGUCGAAGGAUAAGUGGGUUCGCCGGUUUUCAGUUGAUGAAACAUCGAAACACAAGAAUGGAUUCACUAUAUAUAAGAUCAUGUCUAUUCUGUUCCCGAUAGAAUCGCCGGAGGCCGUGACGGCGAUAUCUGUAUGGAAACGUUACAGCGACAUCCAGAGGCUGCACAAGAGCAUGAAGUCGCUGCACGCGGGCCUGCACUUACGCGGCACGUUCCCCGCCCUGCCCCGGUACAGCUAUUUCAGGAGGUUUCAGCCGGACGUGAUAACCGACAGAGCUAGAACCAUCAAGACGUUGUUAGAGUUCAUCGCGGAGCACAGACUGCUGUUCACUAGCACUGACUUCGUCAAUUUCCUUCAGACCGGGUACCCAGAGCCCUGCGCUGAGCCGGGAGUCAUAAACUCUAUAAGGUCGUCCUUGCACCUGCCCAUAGAGGAGACGCCGCCGCUGGAGUACCCAACUGACGACGACGAGGCCAGGACCCCCAACGGCUCAAUUAAUCCGACGGCUUCUCAACAAGUAUCGCGCGACGAAACCGAUUUUAUAUCGCAAAUACCGAUCUACGAAGCGGCUGACGUGGAGGUGGUGGACUCGAGCGAGGCCUCCAAGCGGACGGGCAGCUUGGACUCGCUGGACUCGUUGGAGAGCAUAGACAGCGACCUCUUUGACGAGUUGGCCAAGCUCACCAUAGACAAGCCGGCGUCCAGUGUCAAGAGGAACGUGUUGCCGGAUUUGAUUAAUUUCGACGAACCUUCCACAUCAAAGAUCGACGAUUGUCACACGACGAGAACUGGCAACACCGACUCGGACAGUUUGUCUUUGAACGCGCAGACUUUUGACAGUGCCCUGUCCCCCUCGCACGCGGGGCGCGGGACGAGGACGGAAGACAGCUACAUAUUCGAGGCGGGCUACAUGCUGAACUUGGCGGCGCGGUGCGAGGACGCGGGGGACUACGCGGGCGCCCUGGACCACUACAAGGCCGGCAUCGAGAAGCUACUCGUCGGCGCCCGCUCGGACGCGGACGGCGCGCGGCGGGCGCUGGUCCGGCAGCGCACGCACGCCUACCUGGCGCACGCAGAGCGACUGUGCAGCGCGCGCACGCAACACGUGNAAUGUGGAGGAUUUAUCUAUUUAAUCGCGGGUGGAGUGGCGCGCGGCGGGGCGGAGCGCGGCGGGGCGGCGCGGGACGGCGCGGCGCGGAGCGGGUCGCGCGCGGAGCUGUGCGCGUACGUGCUGCUGGGCGUGGUGCGGCCGCGGCUGCUGCUGGUGCUGCACGCCAGCACCGACACGUGCUACGUCAUGAAGGUGCUGGACAAGGUGCCGAGCAACGAGCCGGAGGGGGAGUGGCGGCGCCCCGUGCUGCCCGGGCCGGCGCCCUACAUGGUGCGGCUGCACGCGCUCAUCGAGACGGAGGACUCGCUGUUCCUGGUGCUGACGUACGCGCCGGGCGAGCGCCUGUGCGAGUACGUGCGCCGGUACGCCGCCGCGCCCGCCGCCAAGCCGCGCCCGCCCGACCUGCGCUGCGUGCUGGCCGACCGCGCCGCGCCGGGGGACGACGUGCGCGACCUGCUGCACAACUCCAAGGAGCUGCUGCUGACCGUGGACCGGGCGCUGGGCGGCGGCGCGCAGACAACUGCCCCGGACGAGCACACCGCCGCCACCGGUACCGGGUUGGAGCCGCGCAUGCGGUACCGGGACGCGGUGCCGCCGGGCGCGGUGCGGCGCUGGGCCGCCGAGCUGGUGACCGCGCUGGAGAGUCUGCACGCGGCCGGCGUGGUGUGCGUCGACCUGGGCCCCGCCAACGUGCUGCUGGGCGCGCGCGGGCAGGCGCUGCUCACGUACUUCGCGUGUCGCGGCGGGGCGGGGCGGGACGGGGCGUGGCGGGGCGGCGCGCGGCACGCACCGGGCGCGCUGCACGUGGCGCCGGAGUGCCGCGGCUGGCAGGCGCCCGCGCCGGCCGCCGACUACUGGAGCCUGGGCGCGCUGCUCUACCAGCUCAUCUGUGGAUACCCUCUUUCUGUUCACCACAAGACUGUGUUCACAUCGCACACUAUAUUACAGCUGCCCGAGGAGCUGACAGUGGAAGAGGAAUCUUUAUUGACUCAACUGCUGACGUUCGAGCCGGCGGCGCGGCUGGGCGCGGGCGGCGCGCGCGAGCUGCACCGGCACCCGUACUUCCGCGCCGUGGACUGGCGGCUCGUGCGCGACAGCUGGCCCAAGCACGACUGAGCCGACACCGCCGGCUCCACGAGCUCACAGCCCACCUCGUGUUCAAACGUAAAUGCGCCACCCACCUUGAGAUAUAACUUCUAAGAUCUCAGUAUAGUUU